AUGACGGAACUGAUUGCCCGCUACACCCUGCUCAUCCACCAAGCAGAGUCCUUCGCAUCCUUCUUCAAGAAGCGCUGCGAGAUCGAAGAGGACUACCACCUCCAGCUCAGCAGACUCCUCGCCCGCCAGCACGACGCCGACCGCAGACUGGAUUCAGAAUACCCAAGCACCACCCAGACCGCACGCGACGCCUGGCAGGAGAUGUGCGCCAACGUCGCACAGGAGGCCCACACCAGGAAGAGCUGGAUCAGGCUCAUCAGGCAGAACGUCAUCGAGCCCCUCGAGCGCUUCCGAUCCGCAAAGGAACGCACCCUCCACCGGAUCAGGGACGAGCUCCGGAGCAGCAUCAACGAACACAAGGAAUACCUGGCCACCGUCCAGCGCCUCAAGAAGAACUACGACCGGAAAUGCGACGAAGUAGCCCAGUUCCACGCCAUGUCCGAGGCCGUCGAAGUCCCCUCAACCCCACACACCCCACCCUCCGGCCGACCCUCAACCGACAACAACCCCACCACCACCACCCGCCAAGCCGUCAUCAUCUCCGGGGCCACCUCCAGCGCUCUCCGCGAUACCCUCACCCCUCCCCCCGCCAACCCAAUCCAAGCCAAGGGCACCGACGUCCUCCACGCCCUCCGAGCCAACACCAACAACCUCAUCCAACGGCUCAACUCGCGCAAGGACACCGCCAAGGGCACCGCCCAGGCCAUGAACCACAUCGACGACCUCAUCCGCCCCACCGCCCUGCGAGGCGUCAAGGUCAAGCGCGAGGCCGAGGAGGCCGACCGCGAGUACCGCAAGGGCAUCUUCCAUCUCGAAACCCUCCGUCUGCGCAAGGAACAGGUCAUCCGCGGCGCCAGGCGGGCCACCGAGGAGAUGGUCUACGAAACCUCCGCAGAAGCCAAAGAAUCCUUCUCCUACUACAACGACGAGACCCGGAUCCAAGCCGUCUCACUGAUCUCGAUUUGUGACCACGCCCAACACUUGGUGAUGAAAGUGAACCCAGAUGCAGACGUGCGCCAGUACACCGACUCGACGCUGGACGAGUACGAGGAGCCCCAAGUGCUGUACGAGAAUGCGUUUAUCGGGCCCUGUCGGAGCCUGCUGUUUGGGGUGGCAAUCAACGACUACUGUGCGAGCAAUCCCGGCAAGGGGGCCGUGCCGCUGAUCGUCAAGAUGUGCAUCGAGGAGAUCGACCGGAACGGGCUGAAGCAGGAGGGCAUCUAUCGCGUCUCGGGCAAGAUGCACAGCGUGAUCCAGCUGGUGCACGAGAUCGAAAAGGAUGAGGACACGUUCACGUUCGACGCCGAGCGCCACGAGAUCUACACGAUCGCCGGCGUCCUCAAGCUCUACCUUCGCCAGCUGCCCCAGGCGCUCUUCCCCUUCCCGCUAGUCGAGCGAGUCAAGGCUGGAGGAAGCAGCAGAGGCUGGAGGAAGCAGCCCCCGACCGGCUCACAAACCCCCGGGGGUGGAUCCAGCUUCGAAGUCCAGCCAUCGCCCGCCUCCUACAUCUUCCAGCCAUCACCUAGAAAAUCGUCGAUCCCCACAACGCCACCGAGGAUUAUCGCUACACAAUUCAUCAUGCCUAUGCCAUGGGAAACCUUCAUACCCCUCGGUCUUUUGACUGUGAUGUUUGGAGCUUCCGGAACCCUUCUGAACGCCGCUCGCAGAUUUCAAAAUGAUGGAAAGCCUCCGGAUUACUGUCUCGACAAGUGGGAUGAAAUGAUGCAAGAGAGAAACCAGCGAUUGACAGGCAGCCUUCGUGGCCAAUGUGCGGAGGAAAAAGCUCCCCUCACAUUUCAAACGAGUUCUGCCUGGCCAGUGGAAAAGGUCGCAUGA